AAUUUAAUUAACUUAAUUUGAUUGUUCAACUGUUCUACACUCUAUUGGUGCUAUUUGAUUGUUAAAGUUUAUCUCAAGUUGAUAUAAUUUACUAAUCUCAAUUUUCAUUGUUAAUCCAUUUUAACUCAAUCCAUUGAUUUGUGUUUACAUUUUUCUGUUUUAAUAUUAACUAAUUGAUUGAUUAAUUGUUGUUGGUUGUUUUUAUCAAUUUACAGUUUUGAUUAAUAUUCUAAGAUGAAUAUCGGAACCUCUGGAGAUAAUCUUUCUUAUAUCAAGUUUACCAUUACUAAUUCACGUGAUGCAAGAACAUGGGAGAAACAAUAUCCAUUGACAAUAACCGUGGAAGUUAAAAUGAGAUUUGAAAUGCUCUCUGGAAUUGAAAUUAACAACAUGGCAAUACAAUAUUAUGCAGAUAAUGAAAAUAUUGGUGUCUUGGAAAAUGAUGAAUCACAAAUUGGUUCCAUGAUGAAACCCUAUGUUGGAGCAGAAGAGAAUCGAUUACAUAUAAUUGAUGUACACGGUAAAAGUGGUUCUUCCUCAGUUGAUAUGUUCAGCAAUUUAGAUGCGGUUCCCAAGUUUGAAUUAUCUGAUGAAGAAUAUGCUAAAAAGGAAACUUCUUUAAGAAAAUUUAAACAACAGCAUAAACUUGGCCGAUUCUCUGAAGGUACAACCUCAGAAGAUGGAAAUUCAAAUGAUGAUCACGACUGGUCCGUUUUAAAAGGCCUUCAGAUCAACGAUAAAGUUGAAGUAACCGUCAAAGGACAAGGAGCUAAGAAAGGAGAGAUCGCUUAUCUUGGUAAAAUGCACCUAAAACCCGGUCUAUGGAUAGGAGUUAUUUACGAUGAGCCCUCAGGAAAACAUGAUGGAUCCAUUGAGGGUGUUAGAUAUUUCUCAUGUAAACCAAAUCAUGGUGCUUUCGUCCGACCCGCUGAUACCAAAGUGAUCAACGAAUAGCACUUAAGAGAGAUACUUAAACCAAUAAUGAAAAUCUCCAAUUCAAUCAAAUCAAUCAACUUACCCAAGGAUCUAAAGGAUCAACAAGCCAACAACGAGAAAACAAAACAAUACAAUCUCCAAAUCAUGCAACUUUUUUUUUAUCAUUAAUCCCAAAACUCACAAACAAUUGUUAACCUAAUUGAAAAUGAGUAACUCUAAAUGUAACAAAUCAUUCCUUGCCAUGUAUUUCAUACUUAACAAAUGAUUUACAUGGAAAAAAAGGUUCAAUAUCAACAAAUGAAUUUAGGCACAAAAUGUUAAUCGUUGAUAUUAAUAUUCCCUUUGAAUAUAAAUAAACGAUUAGAAAAAAUUGUAAAAAAGUAAAAUAA